CUGAAAUGCAUCAGUCUAUACGUCGAAAUUAAAAAUUGAAGAAAUUGUAGCGUCAAUUAUAAUAUUUACGUUUGUUUAAUUAAAGGAAUAUUUUAGAUUAUGUUGUUAUCAACAACAUCCGUAAGCAAAAUAUCUAAUGCCUUGCUCUAGAAGUAACAACUUCAAUGAAUGUGCAAUAAAAAGUGGUCAAUACGCAAUUCCUUUUCUUCUAAAUGGUGACAGACAACUGAAAAUCCCAAGUCUAAACCCAGUAAAAAUUGAAUUUGUUGAAUUAACCACAAGUAACUUAAACCUUAAAUUGAGGAAUGUAGAGGUAUACGGACUGGACAAACUGAAGAUUUUAAAUGUGACGGUCGAUUUCGAUAAACGGAAAGUUCGCACCAUUACCGCUAUAGACAGAUCCACUAUCUUGGCUCAGUACGAAAUGAAGGGUCGUAUAAUACUACCCCUAACUGGACAUGGGCCUGCUAACAUUACAUUGUAUAAUGGCGUUUACCAGUAUGAGGCCGAAUGGGAAUUUACAACGCGCAAUAGAAACCGAUACUUGAAAAUUAUUGACAGCAAAUAUGACUACACAUCUGACAAAAUCACUUAUGACUUCAAAAAUUUAUUUAACGGAGAUAAGGUCUGGAGCACAGAAAUGAACAGAAUUUUAAAUGAAAACUGGAUGCAGGUGAAUGAAGACUUGAAGACGCCUUUUUUGGAAACUUUGUUAGCUUUUCAAAAUGAUAUAUCCACCAAAAUUUUUUCCCAAAUUCCAUAUGACGAACUUUUCCUAGAUUAGGUUACGC